GGGAAUUGCCUGCCCUACGCUCAGAGCAAGCCGGUCACAUGAGCCUGAAUUUUCAGUUCAGUUCAUUAGUCAGCCAUUUUGGUCAACACCCUGCUUACUGCGCACAACCAAUCCUAUUAUCACUCUGUAUCUUGGCUUAUCUGAAGGGAAGUGAGAGAGAGAAGCUGGUAGAUUUCAGCAAUUCUGGAUACCUUUGCCUCUGUAUAUUUUACCAUCAGUGGUUGAUUUUUUUUUUUAAAUAAAGCCUCUUUAGGAAACAGCAAAGGACUGUUUUUAUCUGAUGCAGAGGCCACAUUUGCUGUGUUCAUUUCGGACUAACUGCUUCUAGUCAAAUUGAAGAAAAGAGAGUGUAUUGCGGAAGAAAACAGAGGAAGAGACUACAGAGAAGAAGGGGUAUCUUCCCCUGCCCCCUUGUGCCCUGUGCCUUGUUUUUCUUAAAAAUUAGUGCAUUUUGUGUGAUCUUGAGCAAAUCUUUUCUGGUCCAGCAAGGUAUUUUAUUUUAUUUUCAUCAGAAAGCCUUUCCUUUUUAGUUUUUAUUUUAUUUUAUUUUAUUGUUGUAUCAGCUGAGUCAUCAUGUCUGCUCUGACGCCUCAAGGCGAUAUGCCAACCCCUACCACAGAGAAGAUCACACAGGCUGCCAUGGAGACCAUCUAUCUUUGCAAAUUCCGGGUGUCCAUGGAUGGAGAAUGGCUUUGUUUGCGAGAGCUGGAUGACAUCUCUCUUACACCCGACCCUGAGCCUACCCAUGAAGACUCUUGGGAGGAUUUGACAGAUUUGGUGGAGCAAUUGCGCGAUGAUACAGAAGAUCCCAACUAUCUCAUGGCUAAUGAACGCAUGAACCUGAUGAAUAUGGCUAAACUGAGCAUAAAGGGCUUAAUUGAAUCUGCUCUUAAUCUUGGGAGAACACUAGACUCUGACUAUGCACCUCUUCAGCAGUUUUUUGUAGUGAUGGAGCACUGCCUUAAACAUGGCCUAAAAGCCAAGAAGACUUUUCUGGGCCAAAACAAGUCAUUUUGGGGACCUCUGGAGCUGGUAGAGAAAUUUGUCCCUGAAGCUGGAGAAAUCACAGCAAGUGUUAAAGAUUUGCCAGGGCUGAAAACGCCUGUGGGUAGAGGAAGAGCCUGGCUUCGCCUAGCACUAAUGCAGAAAAAGCUUUCAGAGUACAUGAAAGCCUUGAUAAAUAGAAGGGAAAUUCUCAGUGAAUUUUAUGAACCGAACGCACUCAUGAUGGAAGAAGAAGGUGCCAUAAUUGCUGGUCUUUUAGUAGGCUUGAAUGUCAUAGAUGCAAAUUUCUGCAUGAAGGGUGAAGACUUAGACUCACAGGUUGGAGUUAUUGAUUUUUCGAUGUACUUAAAGGAUGGGAACAGCAGUAAGGGCAAUGAGGGAGAUGGUCAAAUUACUGCAAUCCUGGACCAGAAAAAUUAUGUAGAAGAACUCAAUAGACAUUUAAGUGCCACGGUCAACAAUCUGCAGACAAAGGUUGAUGCUUUAGAAAAAUCCAAUACUAAACUUACUGAGGAGCUUGCUGUUGCAAACAACAGAAUUAUAACUCUACAAGAAGACAUGGAGCGAGUCAAAGAAGAAAGUUCAUACAUUUUGGAAUCCAACAGAAAGGUAACUAAGCAAGAGAGAACUGCUGAUGGACAUGCCCUUAAUGAGGCACGAAAACAGUUGAAGGAGGAAACACAGCUCCGGCUGGAUGUGGAAAAAGAACUUGAAGUGCAGAUUGGAAUGAGGCAAGAGAUGGAACUGGCCAUGAAGAUGCUGGAAAAAGAUGUUUGUGAAAAGCAAGAUGCACUGGUGACACUCAGGCAACAACUUGAUGAUCUCAGGGCCCUAAAACUUGAACUUUCCUUCAAGCUGCAGAGUUCAGACCUGGGAGUGAAACAAAAGAGUGAACUAAACAGUCGCUUGGAGGAGAAGACAAAUCAGAUGGCUGCUACCAUUAAAUUGCUUGAACAAAGUGAAAAGGAUUUGGUGAAACAGGCAAAAACCUUAAAUAGCGCAGCAAACAAACUGAUUCAGAAGCCCCACUAGGCAUUUUUUUUUCUUUUUUGCAGCUGGUCACCUCACAACUCUGACAUCUCAACUCAGUUAUGAGGGGAAAGCAAAAUGAGAUUGAGAAUUUAGAUGUCAGACUUAAAUGUUGUCACCUAAAGUUGACUUGGCAUUUGGUGGAUUUUUAAAUUUUAAAAAAUCUGUUUUUGUUUCGAAGUAGAAAAAAUAGCCUAUAACCUUCCUUUUCCCAGUUAUUUGUUGCUUAAAUUUUACUAAAUUAUAAGUGAUUUGACCAAUAAGUCCUCCACAAAAUUACAAGUAAAAUGAGAUUUGUGGCUUUGUACAUAGAAUUGAUGCAAAGUGUAUACAGCACAAGCUUUUUACUGUUGUUGACAGGAUGUUGGAAAAGGGCAAUCUUCCCCACCCAGCCCAUGCUCAAAUUUAAGGAAAGCUGAGAUAGUUACCCUGUAUGGAAAUUGAGAGCAGUUGGGUGCUUGCUGCAAGCCAAGAUCCUGUAGCUUUUGUUCCUUUUGAUCACAAGACCAGGACAAGCUCACAUCAAAGUUAAGGACUCAUCGUUAGGAGGGUCUAGUCCUUUUUUUGCCAAAGGCUUGCCCACACUGCACGCUUUUCCACCUGUGCAUUUAUUACAAAUGUAUGUAAAUUGAAAGUCUGUGUGACAUGCAGGGUCUGCACAGCACACAAUGCCAGGAAUGCACCAGUUCCCAGAUACCAAUGCUUAAAAUCAUUUAGAGCAGAGCAAGAUGUGUUUCUGCCUGGACUUGCUCAGGUCCUUGAACUUCCAGUUGUGUUUAGGUGAACCUGUAUUGUUCCACUAUCUCUUCGAAGAGGGUUUUUUUUAAGACCAUCUGCCGGACAACCCCAUUGUUGUGAUAUAACCCACUGUGCAUGGGCAUAAAAAAAUAUGCCGAGGAGCACACAUUUAAAUAAAUAAUGCAAACCAAAAUUGCACCAAGCCGUAACUGGAAUACAUUGCAGUGCAGGGACAAGCCAAGAUAGCAAGCCAAUAACAACCCGUUUGCUUUAGGGAAAAAUAAUUCAUUCACCUCCUUUAGGUGACAUGGACGUAGAGCCUAGAUACUAGCUCUAUUUUAAAAUGGUAGAGCCUUCUUAAUCUGCAUUUGCCUUCUACCUCUGCCUUUAUUUUCCAAAUAAAUAAAUAAAUAAAUAAUAGUCAGUGGCUCAGUUCAGACAAAAUGUUAGUCAACACAGUGUGAAAACUCCACUCAGUGGUUGAGUUUUUCGAAGGUACUCCCCACACAACAUGUUCUAACUCCACCUUUGUGUGACUGUGGGCUACCGUGGAGUUGAGUAAAAUCCAUUGCGAUGUUUGAUUGACAGUUCGUCUGCCUUCUCUCCUCCCCCAGUCCUCCUGAUGGUAUCCCAUCAGCCAUUGCUACAAAAAAACAAUCCUGGUGGCUCUCCUAGAGCAGCACUCUCUCCUUUCGCCGCUCUUGCCAGGGAACUCUGUAGCCAGUGGGAAAAGUCAAUUCAACACAACGGAAAACUCCAUGGAGCCUGCCACACAACACGCAACACAACGGUUGUGCAGGAACUCUCCUCUGCACAGCAUGGAUAUUCUACAUGGAGUGUUUUCCCAAAAAAACCUCCACCGUUGCAUGGAGUUUUCCCGCCAGACAACUCAUUUCUCAAUGGUGGUGUAAAAACUCUACCAUGGAGUUCUAAAACCAGUGUUGAGAAACGUGUUGUCUGAACUGAGCCAGUGCGUUCUCUUUUCCUGAAUGUGUGUGUUACCCUCUCUUCCUCUUUUAGGAAAGUUGGAAUCAUGUAUUUUACAAAACAGUUUGUUGUUGUUCUUACCUUAUUUUAAGAGGGAUAAAUGGAAUUGGUAGCAAUUUACUGCUGGUCAGUCAUUGACAGAGUAGCUACAGCAUACAAUAACCUGGUUGUUGUUUAAAGUUGCCUUUUGCUAUUGUUAAUAUUUGAUUCUUAAGCAUUUGGUUCAAAUAUUGCUAAGAGUUGUAGUGGAAGACCAACGAAAACUUAGGAAGUUGGGGGAAACACUGUGCUGCAACUCAAAACUAUUUUUUUUUCUAUUUAGGAUGAAAUUAGGGGGUCUCUUUCUCGUGGUUGCAAGAGUUCACAGUCCUGGUCCCUAAACAGGCUUUAGUGUGUAGAUCAGCCUUCCCCAAC